AUGGCGAUUGAGUCCUUAUUGUGUCGACACCCCUCCCUACCCCGUACACUGUGUGCGUUGCUUCCGGCCAGAGACGGACGCGGUACGGCCUUGUAUCUCGACGGCUGCGGUACGGGAGCAUGA